AUGAAAAAACCAGCAAUACCAUCACCCAUCACUAUUCAACCACCACCUGUACAAGUAUCAUCAUCACCCUUAAUAAAUCGUCUUAAUUCUGAUAAUAAUGAAAAUAGUUGUACAAAUAAAUCUGUGACAAAAUUAUUGUUAUCAAAAACAGGCGAUGGAAAUCCGACAAUUUUACCAUUACAUAUUGAAAGUGAUCGUAAACGACGAAAUGAUCCUUCUAUAACAACAAAUAAUAAGAGAAUAAUGAGAUGUUCAAACAUUACAAUAAAUCACGAUGAUGUCGAAGAAGAAGAUAAUGAAGAAAAGCAAGACUUCAAUAACGAGUUAAAUGAAAGAGAAGAAAUAAAUGACGAUGUUGAACAAACGAUUGAUAUAAAUGAAAACGAAAAUGGAUCAUUGGAUGGAAGUUUUACAACAACAAAUGAUGAGCAGCAUAUUGGGACAAAUGUAAUACUUAAUAUGGAGCAAAUUUAUCAGACUAAUGGCAGAUUUAUAUUGUCUGUAUAUUCAUAUAUUAAAGACGGUAGUUCGUUAGUUUUUCAUAACGAUAACGAAAGUAUUGAAUCAAUGAAUGGUGAACAUUUUGCUCAUCAUCAUAAUAACGGAAAUGAAAAUCAUAUUUCAAAUUCCAGUGGAAGUGAAUGUGAAAAUCGUUUAUAUUCAUGCAAUGAUUGUGGUAAAAGUUUUCAAACAUCAAGUGGUUUAAAGCAACAUCGAAAUAUUCAUUCAAGUGUUAAACCAUGGAAAUGUGAAUUUUGUCCAAAGAGUUAUACUCAAUUCUCAAAUUUAUGCCGUCAUAAACGCUCGCAUGCAAAUGCACGUACACAAAUCGAAUGUAAAGGUUGUGGACAGUCGUUUCAGAGUCAUGUAGCUUUAAAUAAACAUCGAAGUUCUUGCAAGGAAACAAAUUUAGUAUCAGCAGCAUUAUCCCAACAACCGUCGUCAACAAAGACAAUAUCCACGACGCCUAUGACGCCUUUUACUACAACAAAACCAGCAGUUAACUUAAAUGGAAAUGUAUGGCCGUCAUUGGAAAAUGGUCUUUCCUAUUUUCCAUUUUUUCAUCCAACAUUUACCGAUAAAACAUUGAAAAAUCAUUCACAAUCACACACAUCAACGUCAUCAUUAAUCCCAUUAACUUUAUCUUGUUUACCAACACAUUUUGCGUUGAAUACAUUAGCCCAAGUGACAAUGAAUAAUCGAGAUAAAGAUUCUUCAUCGCCACAUUGUAAUAGUAGUUCAAUAUCAUCAAAAUCACCCUUAUCCUCCUCACCAUCAAGUUCAGUAUCACUAAAACAAAAAACGAAUAAACGUGACCGUAUAUUAUCAACAACAACAAUAAGCGAACCAAUGGAUUUAUCAAAAUGUGCCGUGCCUAAUUUGAAACGACAACGUUAUCGGUCCAGUGGCAGCGAUAAUUCACUACCACCACCCAGUUCAGAAACAACAAAUAAUUGCCAUAAUGAACCACUUGAUUUUUCAUUUAAACGAACUGAAGAAUGUACACAAAGAAUAACACACGUAUUCGGUGGUGAUCUAUCUUCUGAAAUAAAGCAAACUUUAAAACUAGAUCGACAAUCAAUUUCUACAUCGCCCGUACGAUUAACGAACGAUACAAUUGCAUUGAUAGAUGAUGAAAUAAAAGCGGGAUCGAAUAUACCAUUGAAAGAUACGCCAGAGAAUAAUCGAUCAACAACACCGGACACAAUUCUUCCACCAAUUCCCUCUUUAUCCAGUCCACCACCAACACCACCAUCCAUCCAUCAUCAUACGCAUAAUAAUUUAAUGUCGCGAAAUCGCGAUCGAUACUCUUGUUCAUACUGUGCAAAAGCAUUUCCAAGAUCAGCCAAUUUAACCCGUCAUCUGCGAACCCAUACAGGUGAGCAACCUUAUCGAUGUCGAUAUUGUGAUCGAUCAUUUUCUAUAUCAUCUAAUUUACAACGUCAUAUAAGAAAUAUUCAUAAACGUGAACGUCCAUUUCGCUGUACCUAUUGUGAUAAAUGUUUUGGACAGCAAACAAAUCUCGAUAGGCAUAUGAAAAAGCAUAUUACCAGUAAUGAUAAUAGUUUAACAUUAGUUCAAGCUGCUUGUUCAUCGAUAAGAAAGAGUAAAGAUGAUAGUACAUUAAAUCAGAAUAACAAUAUAAAUAACAAUUCGGAAGCAUCAUCAGAUGAAAGUAUCGAAAGUGAAGAAGAAUCAUCUACAGAUGAAUAUUCUAAUAAUUAUUUACAUAUUGAUUUAACACCAACGGCUACCUCAUCAUCAAAUUAA